AUGUCUAUCAAAUCAGCUGCAAAAAAAUAUAAUGUUCCUCACAGUACUCUACAAACAAAAUUAUCUGGUUUAAGCAACCUUAUGUGUAGACCUGGACCAACACCUACUUUGGCACUAUUUAUAGAAGAUGCAUGUGAGAAGUAUCUUAUUGAAAUGGCAAGAAGAAGAUUUCCUCUAAAAAUAAAUGACUUGCUAUUAUUAGUUUCAGAAAUAAUACAUAAAAAAUUGCAUCCUGCUGUUUUUAAAAAUGGAAUCCCUUCUAGAACUUGGGCAUACAGAUAUCUAAACAGGUACCCUGACUUAAAGUCUAAAACAUCCGAACAUCAUUCUUUUGGUCGGUCUAGUGUCAACAAAGAGUCCUUAUUGGCAUGGUAUAGAAAUUUUGAAAAAUUUAUUGAAGAUCAGGAGUUAAAACAUGUGAUUCAGUCGCCAGAACGCAUUUUUAAUUUAGAUAAAACUGCUUUUUAUUUAAACUCAAACAAAGGUAAAUUCAUUGGUAGAAAGCAUGAGUGUCUGCAACAGGUUUGCACUACUAGUGAAAAAGAAAAUGUCACAGUUGCAAUCAAUUUUUCGGCCGCAGGAGAAAUGGCUCCUCCUAUGGUAAUUUUAAAGAGGCAGAAAUUAUCUAAAAAUCUUCAGCAAUGUGCUCCACUUGGAAUAAUAAUUCAGAGAAGCUCUAGUGGAUGGAUGAAGAGGGAAACUUUCCUUUAUUAUAUAAAAGAGUUCAAAAGAUAUUUGAUUGGUAAAGACUUGCUUAACAUAAAAGACAAUAAUCAAAAAGUUAUACUUUUAGUUGAUAGAAAUUCCAGUCAUCUGAGCUAUGGUGCAUCUAAGUAUUGUGAAAAUACAGAAAUUGUACUAUACUGCUUGUACCCAAAUGCUACACAUGCGCAGCAACCUGCUGAUGUUGGCGUUAUGAACUCUCUUCAAGGCUGGGCGUGA